AUGCACUUUUCUUUUCUAAGGCUGUCACGAUUGGCAAAAUCUUUGAAAAACGAAGCUCAAAAAUGUUUAAAAGUAGCUGUAAUUGGUCCACCAAAUGCUGGCAAAUCGUUGUUAACGAACAAAUUGGUAAAAGCAGGUGUAGCAGCUGUAAGUUCCCAAAUGGAUACUACACAGAAAAACCAAACAGCUAUUUUAACCGAAGGCUUAUCACAACUGGUAUUUGUAGAUAGUCCUGGAACUGUGGGCAUCAGGCAUGCAAGAGAAAUUAUGAGAAGUCCUGAUUCACGUAUUCUUAGUGACCCGGAACAUGCUGUGGAACAGGCAGAUCAUAUUCUUGUGAUUCAUGAUGCCACUAUGUCUACUGAUUAUAUUUUACAUCGAGUGCUACAUAUGUUGCACCGUUACCGACAAAUUCCUUCAAGUUUAGUUUUAAACAAAAUUGACCUAGUGCAACAAAGGUCUGAUUUGUUGGCGCUUACUCAAGUACUGUGUAAUGGUGUGGUUGAUGGAAAUCCCAUUGUUGUUAAAAAGCGUAGUGGUGGCCAGUUGGCCAAAAUAUGCGGAAAAAUACGCAAAUCAUCUCCUACAAUUCCACUUCAUAGUACAGAAGCCAAAGCACACGAUCAACAGUGGCAAGAAAAAUACAGAGAAAUUCUUGAAAAACCUACACACAAAUGUAGUUGGAGUGAAACUAAGCAACUUUUUGCGGAUAUAAAGGGGUGGUCCAAUUUUCAAGCCGUGUUUUUCGUUAGUGCUUUGACUGGGGAAGGAAUUGACACAGUCCGCAAUUACCUUCAUGAAUUGGGUCUUCAGAAGGAGCAUAUUUUCAAAGAGGAAGUUAUCACCACAAAAAAGCCUUUAAAAAUUUGUCAGGAUGCAAUAAGAGCCGAAUUCCUAAACAGAAUACCACCUUACAUUGCGUACAAUUUGGCGAUCAAAAUUACCGAGUGGGGAAUGGAAGGGGAAGUACUGCAAAUUGUUGCUGAAAUUGAGUGCAAAAAGGACCGCAUAGCACGAAUUGUUGUUGGUGAACAUGGUUUAACUAUAACUGCAGUUGCGAAAGAAAUCAAUGAAUCAUUACAGAACUUACUUGCUCAACAGUUAUUUGUUCGAAUAUUAGUGAAAGUUAAUGGUAAAGUAUUCGACAAGUUACAAAGUGAUUCACGUAGGAAUCGAAUUAAAGAAGCCAUGCGCUGA